UCAGUGACUGUGAAGGAGUCUAGAUUAAUUUUUUAGGUGGCUAAAAUUGGAGAGUUAUGUCUCUUUUGUUAUGAAAUGAGAGAGAGGGAGCACUGAAAAGGGGAAAAAGUAAGGGACAUUUUGUGAUCUAGCCUGCGAGCUUGCUACAUUACCUGAGAGGUUUAAGGCAGGUUCUGUCGUACGAUGUUAAAAGAUCAUAAUGUGACAACUCAGUCUUUCCACCAACUUGCGCAAAAGAAACCAUUUCUUCCAUCUGCAGUAUGGCAUAAUGCAGUAAGGGGCAUGUUUAUUCAAACUCAGGACACACCAAAUCCAAAUAGUUUGAAGUUUAUUCCAGGGAAGGAAGUGCUGGAGUCGAGGACUAUGGAGUUUUCCACACCAGCUGCAGCAUUUUGCUCACCUCUAGCAAGACAGUUAUUCAAAAUUGAAGGAGUUAAAAGUAUUUUCUUUGGACCGGACUUCAUCACAAUCACCAAGGAGAGUGAAGACCUGGAUUGGAACUUACUGAAACCAGACAUUUAUGCAACUAUAAUGGAUUUCUUUGCCUCUGGCUUACCUGUAGUUACUGACGAGGCACCUAGGACAGAUACAGCUGCAUCAGAAGAUGAUGAUGAAGUUGUACUGAUGAUUAAAGAACUGCUGGAUACAAGAAUAAGGCCAACAGUGCAAGAAGAUGGUGGUGAUGUUAUUUACAAAGGCUUUGAGGAUGGGAUUGUGCAGCUGAAGUUGCAGGGUGCGUGCACCAGCUGUCCCAGUUCCAUCAUCACCCUGAAGAACGGGAUACAGAACAUGCUCCAGUUCUACAUCCCUGAAGUAGAAGGCGUGGAACAGGUUGUUGACGACGAUGAUGACUUGGAGAAAGAAGCAAAUUCUACUUGAGCUAGCAUCAUCUAUGGCCAAAUAAGUAUUUACCUCAUGGUGUACGUAAACUAUCUUUAUGCUGAGGAACAAGCGAAUUUGCCUUUCUUUUCAGAAAAAUAGUUGCAUUUAUAUCUGUGAAAAUGUAUCAUCAGUUUAAGCAGUUUGUCCACUAAUUUAUUAAAUGCCCUGCAUUCAAAAAAGAAUCCUUUUGCUCUACUUUGUGCUAUGUCUUAAGAAAGAAAUGGUGGGCUUUAAAAAUAGUGAUGCGUCUCUGCAUUGUUCUUUCAUACAAAAAAUUCAAGGCUGAAAAAAAGAGAAGGCAGAAGUAAAGUUUGACUGUUUUUUGUGCAAUAGAAAUACUAAAUGUUUAUUCCCCCAAACCUCCUUAUGGGGCUUGCAGGACUAUCUGCCCUUGCUUUAUAACUGGGAAAUUCAGGAAUGUUAAUUUUAUCAAGUCUUGUUAAAAAGUUUUUGAUUCAUAUCAAUUUUUUUUGUGAAAAAUAACCCAUAACUUCAACUGUUUGUUUUAGAGGAUGUAAUAUUGCCAUCACUUGUGGAAAGUUACUUACCUGCUCACUACCACUGUGCAAACAAUAGCAACAGAAACAAAAAAUGUGAGUUGUUUGUUACAAAAAUAUAUCUUUUAAAAUAAAUGUUAGAAGAUGAUGAUCCUUAUCAGCGUUAGUAAGUAGAGAGACUAAUUAGCUUAUUUAGAAGUAAAAUUGUUCAGCCACCAUUAGUGGUCUGUUUAAACUUGCAGAAGAUGAUUUCUCAACAUAAUACUCCAACAUCAAGAUGAAUGUGCAGUGCUUAAGGGCACAAAUUACAUUUGUAGGAUAGCAAAGAAAAUUAAUGUGUUUACCUAUGCCAUAUCCUGUUUGUUCCUUCUGCAGUGCCAGAGCGCGCAGCGUUAUGUGUAACGUGGCUGCCCUGGCUGAGCGAGGGAAGAUGUGGCAGAGCAGAACACGUUCCAGUUUUAGAGACUACGGGAAGAGAAAUAUUUAUUGUUCUGAAACUGAAAGACGUAAAUCAGGCUUUGCAAGUACUUUUGUUUACUUGUGCGUGUAGGACUUAAUUUCUUCCUGGUGCCUCACUUUAGCAGAUGGCUUUGCUAACGGAAAUACUAUUUCUUCUUUGUGCUGCCACAAUCGAGCUGAGUUUGUGGUCAUUAUUUGGCUUAUGGUUAUAGUUGUAUUCCCUGCGUGCAAGGAUUUGACAGCCUCCGGUAUGUCAGCCUCUUUCACUCCUUGCCAGUGUAAUUCCACUGAGUCCCUAAACAGGAUCAAUUAAGUCAGUGGAGAAUCUUUUAUAUAGCAUGCAGAUCAGCAUAUGGUAGCCAUAAACUUCAUAUUACUUGUUAGAAAUUUGAAAAUAAAUAUUUUAGCAAAAUAUUUCUUCAGCUUUCAUGGAGAGUAAUAACCUACAGUCAUUUAAAUUACCCAGUCGGGAUUUGGAAAUUGGUUUGAAAUUACCAUGUUUUCUUUACCCUGUUAUGAAGUACGCAGUGCCUGAUCUUACAAGUAUAUCAAUGCCAAAAUUGCCCUCGAGGUAGGCUCAGACUAUCCAAAAGAGAGCUUGUGCAAACGUUACCGCCACGUUCUUUGUCAGCAAACCAUAGAAUGGCGAGUAACGUCUCUGUUCUCUCAAAAAUAGAGCUUUUUAGGCCUAAUUUGUCAAUUUAAUGCACUAUAUAAGCCAAAACUUAAACAGCAAAGUAGCUGUUUUGUGUGUUAAAUAAAAUGUAUCU